AUGGAUGGAUUCUGCUGCAUCGAGGCAGACUCUGUCUACGGGGCCGCGGUGGCCAUGCCCCAGAUCGCCCGCAGCUGCGGGUGGCCUGCCUCGCUGGUGAGCGUGGUGCUGCGCGUCUACCUUUUCUCCCUGCUGAACUUGCUAAUGCAGGGGUUUCUCCUCUCCAUGAUUGGCGAGGAGCAGUUGAUGAUGUAUCCCUUCGCUGGGCAGAUGCACCUCUGCGAUUUUGGAGCAUCCAUCAAGGACUGUCCAGAUGCUGCCAACUGUCGCGGCCCAGGGGGCACGACCUUCUCACCGGCCAGACUCUUCAGCUUCGACAUUUGGAGCACACGAGUCUUCGUGCGUGAUAGCUUGAAGGCCAUCUUCCCAGAUAGGGCAGACGAGAUAGACCAGAAGGUGGACCCUGGCGAGUACGGCCUGGAGAACUACACCUGCCGAUUAGUCGCCGACUCAACAGAUCCGUAUCGCGACGUCUCGAAGAGAGCACCUCUGUCGGUGGCAUUUGCCACUUGCCUUGCCAAAGGCUCGGCCUCGGACGCAGUGGCACAGAAAGUGGUGGAGAGGAAAGAGGAGCUGAACCUUCAGCGGAACUGUGCCUUUGCUCUCUUCAGCGGGGCCUAUCUUGGCAUAGGUCAGCACUUCGUCUACAACGUGGCCUUUACGCGCAUCUUCGGCGCGGGCGUGGAGCUACGAGUUGGGAUCCAGAAGGUCGCAGCGGACCUCUUUUGCCAUGUGCCCUUCAUGUACCUCCCGCUCUACUAUAUGUUUGAGGACACCGCGCUGGGCAUCGGCAACGCGUCUUCCGGCCUGGCUCGCUGGCAAAAGGAACUGCCCGAGACCAUGUCUGCCUAUUGCAAGAUCUUCCCUAUGUUUCACCUGAUCAACUUCACCCUCACGCCCCCAGAGCUGCGCAUCGGCGUCAUCGCGUGCGUCUCUUUCGUGUGGCUGGUGGUGUUGUCCUAUUUGUCCCACGAGGUGGUGGACGAGAGGCUGGCAGUCGUUGAGGAUCUCAACGACACCCUGCGGCUGGCCAGAACCUUGUGGCGCUUGCCUACACGUGCAGACUCCUGGAUCUCGUACGUGGUCCCAAAGUGGGCCAGCAAGGAGGAUGUGAAGAAGGUCAAGGGAUGGAGCGAGCUGAACCUUGUCAAGUACAAAGUGGCGGGCAUCCCAUUGCACUGGAAGGCUUUCAAUUUCGGCUUCGUGCUGCUCCCUAAGUUCUGCCUUUGGCUGGCUGUGGCAAAGUCCGGGGUGCAUUACUUGAUGGAAACUGCCGGCAUUAUGGAUGUGAUCGUCAACUCCAUGGCGCUGUCCUUCGUGUUGGAUGUGGAUGAGAUGGUAUUCCAUCGCUUCACCAAUUCGCUGACGCAACAUAUCAUGAACAACAUUGAGGAUUUGCCCAACUUCGACAUCUCCACGGAGGAGUCGGAAUCCGACGCUGAGGCCUUGCGGCGUUUUGCCGCUGAAGAGCUGAGUGCUACUGCCCGCUGGACCAAGCUGUUCAAGGUCAUUCCCUGGCGGAUGGUGUUCGUUGUGGGACUGCAGGUACUUUUCAUGUGGGACUACUACCGCAUGCACUGUCAGAAGCUGGAGGAUGGGAGCUGGGUCUCAAAGGAGCUCAGAACGCCCAAGGACCUGCAAUACCGCCCCUUGGAGUUGAUGUUUGGCAUGGUGUCGGGCAGCCAAGUCGUGAGCGGCAGCCGCCUUGAUUUCGAGAGUCUGAGCGGGAUCCUUGAAAAUUGCCGGAAGAUGGCAUCCGAGGUGACUGGCCUACCUUUUCCUGCCUGGGAUGCUUUGUGGACAAGGUGGCAGAAAGAAAGGAAGAAGAACGGCACGACGCAAGAGGCAUCAGCAACCUUCAAGUACAUAGACCGACUGGACAAGGAGGACAAUCUGGUCUCUAAGCCGGAGUUCACCACGGCCUACAACCUCGCUGCGACGGAGUUAGCCAUAUUUCCAUAUUGCGUGUCCUUACACGACCGAUUCUGGAACAGCAGUCAGGCAUGGGCCACAACUGCUGCUGGAAGACUCAACAAGUCGAGGUGGUCUCUCGUUUGGGCCAAGUAUGUGCCGCCGUUCAACUUCUCGAAGCCAUCUUCCGCGGAAUCCUUCCAUUUCUUGGACGCUGAUGUGGAUGGCAAUAUAUCCAAGUCUGAGUUUGAUUGGAUCUUCGGACUUUGUGAGAACACUCCAACAACGACCAGCAGCUCAUCCAGUUCAAGCAGUUCAAACACAACCACAACCUCGAAGAUCGUUGAGAACAGCGUCAAGGUCCAGGUCAGCUCUACCACCUCGAUGGCUACAGCGGCUACAUCGACGCCGCCCAUGAGGCGAUGCUGCUACGAGGUGUCGGCCGAGUGUCUCUCCUGUCUUGCUGGCAUCACGGCGCAGGAGCUGUGCUCCAGCAGUUCCAUGAGCCUUACACCGGGUUGUCCAGGCGCGCCUUCAAAUGCCAAAGUGCAGGCAGCGCCGGGUGGCCCGCAUGCUCAUGCCCAGCUGACCACAUUGCCGCCGCACUACCAGGAGGUUCAGGAAAGCAAACUGGCAGACACCGAGUGCCCGUAUUCUGGUGUGGCCUUCUCUCCUGCCCUUCCUGGCUUCAAUGAGAGCAAAAAGGAUGGAAUCGCUUCGUGUCAAGCGAUGUGUGCGCAGACAUCGGGCUGCGGCUAUUUUACCUUUUGGAGGGCGUCCGGGUUUUGCUCGCUGCAUCCGCUGCUGGCAUUUGCAUCCCGGGCGCCCGAGGCUGUAGGAGGUCCUGCAGUUUGCUUUGCCCGCUUCGAGGCUCACAUAGCAUCCGUGGACUUCGGACAGCUAUCAGAGGCGCAGUUACAAAGCUUGCACGGUAGUUUGCCAGAAACUUUGGCCGACGCCUUGAACGUGCCAUUGUCCAAGGUUCAGGACGUGGAAGGAAGAGCAGGCGCUGUCACCCUUCUGCCUGGAAGCCUGCUGGUGCAGGGCACGGUGGUGAUGCCGCCUGGAAAGGCUGUGGAAGAGGUUGAGGCACGAGUGGACCGCGGCAAAAAUGUGGAGCUUCGGAAAGCUGUGUCGAAUGUGCUGCUCAAAGCAAACGUGCCGUACGUGGCGGACUCUGACGAUUUUCAGGGCGGCUUUCCACUUCACAUGGUCAUCCAAGCCAACACCGACUGCUUUGUGGCGCAGACUGAGUUCUCCUCAGCUGAGCAGGCAAAGAUCUCUGCCAGCAGCGCUGCUGAGUGCCAGCAGCGCUGUGAUAAGAACGCACCCAACUGCAGCGUCUUCAGCUUUUUCGCCGAUGAGCAUCAGUGCUACUUGACAGGCGGCAACUUUUCCGCCUUCCACAACGAGGCAGCGCUAUCUGGCCCAGCGACAUGUACCACCAUCCCUUUUGGAGCGGCUGCAGACCUUCCAGGCGAAGUACGAGGCAGACUGGUCGCUGAGUCUGAAGCUGCAAUUGCUGAGCUAGAUCGGAAUCACUGGGUCUCUCUGGCCUUGGCUGCGCUGGUCCUGGGGCUCUUGGCGCUGUGCCUCGCCCGGUGCUUGCGAGCGAAGCCGCAAGGAAAGAAGCUGGCAGCUAAGUGGCACGAAGAGGCGCUCUACUUGCCGAUUUCCAAGGAGGAGGAAGAAGAGGCGAGAGAGGUGAGGAGCAGACCCGGCGUCACAGGUUCGAGCUACGAUUGGAGGAAGCUGCCGCCUUCCGCGCCCCAGGAGGCCUUUGCCUUUCAUGGCCCCGACGUGCUGUCCUGGAGGCAGAACGCCUGA